AUGUUAGGACAAAGUUACGCCAAAACAGGUGAAGACCCUGCUGCACAGCGAGUCUUCAAAGAAAUUGUUGACGAGAACCCGAACGGUUCCUAUGCCACACAGGCUGUUCAUCGGUUAGGGGACCUUUACUGGCGGCGUUAUCAGUUCAGAGAAGCAAUCAGGGAGUGCAAGCAGAUUCUCAAGCAACACCCUAAUACAACUUCCGCCGCGACAGCUGCCUAUCUCGUUGGAAAAUACCAGCAAACAGAGGGUAAAUCCGAGGAAGCAAUAGAAAGUUACAAGCACUUCCUUGACAACUUUCCGAGUUCACCCUAUCGCGUAAGUGCCGUCAAUAGCCUCAUCCAGCUUUAUAUCACCAAUCAACGCUACAUAGAAGCCGAAAAACUCAUCCGAGAACGGAUGCGACUUCACCCGGAGGAUAUCGCCCUGUUGGAGCAAUUAGCAGAACUUUAUCAACAACAAAACGCCUAUCCGAAGGCACUCGAACUCUACCGUAAGGCGAUUGAACGAGACCCUCACAAUACGAAUCUCCGCAGAAAAUUGGGCACGCUUUAUGCCGAAACAGGUAAAACGGCGCAAGCCGUAGCCGAAUGGGAAAAAGUAACCGCAGAUGAGGUAAAUCAAGCCGACCAACAGAAACAACUUGGCGCAAUCUAUCUCUCCCAUAAGAUGUAUCCGGAAGCGAUCACAGCAUAUCAGCAAGCUAUACGCUUAAGUCCAAAAAACAGUUACCUCUAUACACAAUUGGCAGCAGCGUACAAAAUUCAAGGACACAUUGAACAAGCCGCCGAGGUCUAUACUGAUGCUUUGCAAAAGGUCGGACUCACGGGGAAUCAACGUGAACCGAUCUGGAAUGCUAUGCUUGAAAUUUACGAAGGUGAUCACUACAAACCAAUCCAUGAUAAACUCGUCGCCCAACUUGAGAAACGACGGGCACAAAAUCCACAAAACGCCAACAUCGUCAUGACCUUGGGAGAACUAUAUUUCCAUGCCGGAAAAGUGUCGCAAGCACUCGAAACGUUUACACACCUCCAUCGAAACUAUCCGACUCACACUGAUAUGACGUUAGAGACAUACGCACGAAUGUUAGAACGCAACGAAAACCCACAAGCCAUAGAUUUCUAUAAAGCAUUGAUAGCAGGUUCUACAGACAGCACACGCAUAAGAAACGCCCGUUCCAAACUUGCAGGACUCUACCAAAGAAUGGCGCAAUGGAACGAUGCCAUCGUUCUCUUAGAAGAACUGGUUAGCAAGCGUGCGGCUUCUAUCAAAAACAGACUUUUACUUGGACAGAUGCAACUGCACGGUAUACACGCGCCGAAAAUCGCCCAGAAAACUUUCCAAUCCCUGCUCACACAACGCUUGGUCACUACCCAAUUGGUAGAAGCGCAAUUGGGACUGGCGGAAUGUCAUAUUCUACUGAAACGCUAUACACUUGCGAGAGAGGUUCUCGAACCGAUCGCCAACCGUCCCAACCGUUUCCGUGCCGUUGCCCGCAAGUUUAUUGGCGAUUCUUAUUUCUUUUCUGCCGAUUUCGAGCAAGCCGCCAAAGAAUACAAUGAAGUUAUCCGAAUUUCAAAAUCCGACCAACUCACAAACGAUGCUCUUGAACGGAUUGUCCUUAUCCAGAAUCACUCCGAUUACCUCAAAAUUCCGAUCACGGAUUAUGCCACUGCUGUGCAACUCUAUCUAAGCGGACAGACUGCGGAGGCAUUACAACAGUGUGAACGAAGCCUUGAAACCUAUCCGCAAGCCACUAUCAUUGAUGCGGUGUGGCUCCUUAUUGGUGAUAUCUACCGCGAAGAAGCUAAAGAUACUGAGGCAAUCAACGCAUACCAACAGAAGCACUCUCUCUACCCGAUCGGGCGACACUCUCUAAUAUGUGUCCGGAGUACGGCGCGACUAUCGGAUUCUUCCCGCCUGAUGCAGAGACGAUGCGAUACCUCCGUCUCACUGGGACGCGACGAAACACACGUUGACAUGGUAGAGGCUUAUCUUAAAGCCCAAGGCAUCUUCGGUAUCCCACGCCUCGGAGAAGUUGAGUACUCCGAUGUCCUCGAAAUCGAUCUCUCAGAGAUUGAACCGAGUGUUGCUGGACCAAAACGGCCACAAGACCGGAUCGCCUUGUCGGAUGUUAAAAAGACUUUUACUGAACUUCUCACACGUCCUGUAGCGGAAGACGGAUUCGGCGUAACAGACGACGUAGACGAUGGUAACGACAUAACCCAUGGCUCAGUCGUCAUCUCGGCAAUUACCAGCUGCACAAACACAAGUAAUCCUUCUGUGAUGAUUGGUGCCGGGUUGCUCGCUAAAAAGGCUGUGGAAAAAGGACUACGUGUUCCAGAUUAUGUUAAGACCAGUUUAGCCCCCGGUUCGCGUGUCGUCACCGAGUAUUUACAGAAUACCGGUUUGUUGCCCUAUUUGGAAGAACUCGGCUAUAACGUCGUAGGUUAUGGUUGCACGACCUGUAUCGGCAACAGCGGACCGCUCAACGACGUGGUUCAAGAGGCGAUUGACGCAAGAAACCUCGUUACUGCAAGCGUUCUGAGUGGCAAUAGAAAUUUUGAGGCACGCGUGCAUCCGAGAUAA